GAAUUUGGAGGAGUUUUAAAAACAUACACAGACAGCAGUCAUGGCGCUCAGCGACGCGGACGUCCAGAAGCAGAUCAAGCACAUGAUGGCUUUCAUCGAGCAGGAGGCCAAUGAAAAAGCAGAGGAAAUCGAUGCCAAGGCAGAAGAAGAGUUUAACAUCGAGAAGGGUCGCUUGGUGCAAACUCAGAGGCUGAAGAUCAUGGAGUACUAUGAAAAGAAGGAAAAACAAAUUGAGCAGCAGAAGAAAAUUCAGAUGUCAAACUUGAUGAACCAGGCCAGAUUGAAGGUGCUGAAGGCUCGUGAUAACAUGAUCUCGGACAUGCUAAGCGAUGCACGUCAGCGCCUGGCUAAUGUAGCCAGAGAUCCAACCCGGUACUCAGCCCUGAUGGACGGACUGGUGCUACAGGGUUUUUAUCAGCUACUUGAACCCAAAGUGAUGAUCCGUUGCCGCAAGCAGGACUUGCCCUUGGUGCAGGCUGCCGUGCAGAAAAACAUCCCCAUCUACAAAGCAGCCGUGAAGAACAAUCUUGAAGUGCGGAUCGACCAAGACAACUUCCUCUCUCCAGACACCUCGGGUGGAAUUGAGAUCUAUAAUUCAGAUGGCAAGAUUAAGGUGUCGAACACUCUGGAGAGCAGGCUGGACCUUUUGGCACAGCAGAUGAUGCCUGAAAUCCGAGUUGCCCUGUUUGGUGCGAAUCAGAACCGCAAAUUCAUGGAUUAAUCAUCUCUGCGUGUGAUCCCAGGAGCAUUCAGGACCAUAACAGAAUGAGGGGAAAAAACACCCAGUAUUUGUUUGUCUCCUCUUUUUUUUUUUUUUUUAAACUUUGAUGUAAAAGACUGAAUUCAUGUGUCAAGUAGUAUUUAACUUAUGAAUUGUAUGUAUAUGUAUGUGGUGUGUAUUGUGAUUCGUUGUUGCUGUUUGAUUGGCUUUUCGAUGGUACGCUUCUUAUGUUUACAAGUGAGUCUGGAUGGUUACACUCACGACUUGAAUUCAAGACUUACUGAUAAGUAGUAGAUAUUUAUGACAUUCCACCAUAUUUUGGUUUACAUUUCAGUACACAUUACAGGAUUUCCUUUUUAAAGAGGGUUUUCUUGUUUGUUUGUUUUAACCCCUGUUGUCCCCUUUUGUGUAGAUCAUGUGCUGUAUAACUGAAGAAAACAUUUUUGUUGAAAUGCUGAGAUCACAUGAAUGUGGAAAUAAUAUAAAGAAAUAAAGAAUAUUCCACGA